GCUUAAUCCUCAUUCGUCAGUACAAUUUCACGCAUAGCGCAGUAGCGACGUGCGCACGCGCAUUGGUGGAAAAUAUGAAGAGACUGUGGAUUUGCGUGGCUUUUGUAGCCAUUUUCGGGAAUUUAGCUACCGCGGACGACAGUGACGAACAAAAUUCCUGGUACUAUGAUGAUUGGUACGAUGAAAAUUUUGGUUCAACAGAAUAUGCAGGUGGAGAAACCGAAGAUAACAGUGAAAAUAAAUAUGUAGAAGAUUUACCCAGUGACGUUAGAUUUAGAACUACAGAAUCAGAUAAACAUUAUGAUAUUCACGAUUACCAGUUUGAAGAUAAUAGAUCAGAAGUAAAUGAAGACAGUAUUAAUAAUGUUGCUGACGAUACUAAUACAAACUCUGAAAAAAAUACAGGAAAACAAAAAGAAAUAGAAUAUCUAACUUCUACGGAAGUCGAUAAUUUAGGAAUCGACCUUUCUACUCUAAAUAUUGAUAAAUAUAGCUCAAUCAAAAGUGAUUCUGAUGACAAAAUAUUAGAAACACCGCUAGAAAUUGAGGAACGUAAGAUUAAUUUCGAAAAAAAAAUAUUCGAGGAUACAAAAUCUAUUCUAAGUGAAGAAACUGAAAACGAUUUUACUCCAAAUGAUAUAGUUGAAUUGAAUACAGAAAAAACAACCGCUUUCACACAAAUACUUGAAGAAACUAGUAGACUUUUAGACGAGACACUGGAUACUAUGGAGGUAGAAAAUAAUAACAGCGGUGAGCAAAAAGAUCAACAAUCAAAAUCUAAUGAAGAAAUUGAAGAGGGACAAGAAACAACUGAAGAAGAUACGCUAGACCAAGCUAUUUCAGAUUUUAGGGCGGAUCUAAAAAGAUUACGUGAAACAUGGGGCAAAUUAAAUGAUUAUGAUGAUAACAUUCUGGAAUCGAAUGAUGAAGAUACAACACCAGUCAAUAGUUUUACCUCUUCAAAUGAAGUUAGCAAAAUUACUGAUGAUAAUAAAAACAAAGGCACAGAAAAACAAUUAGACAGUAUUAGUGAAGUAUUUCCAGAUGACUCUCAACCAAAUAAAGAAACAACUACGUCUCAACCAAUAUUGUAUCUCCAUGAUGCCUUACCAGCAACCGAUUCUGAAAUAACUUUAGUAGUCAAUGAAACCGAAAAUAUUUCCAGUUCUAUAGCACCUACACAUAUUACACAAGAUCUUGUUCUUGGAGAUGCUUUUCAACCUAUUAAUAGAAACUCGAUAAGUGAGCCAGGAAGCACUGAUACCAACAAAGUUACUCAAACCACACCAAAAGUUGAAGAUUUAUCCAGUUCAGAAGUUAAAGACCUCAUGAAAAAUUUCACUUCUCAGAAUCUAAUAACUGAAAUCACUCAAAGUGAUGUUAGAAAUGCUAAUAAAGUAUGGUUAACGGUCAACAGUUCUACUAUCAUAACAUCGACUGGCUAUCCUAGUCCAUAUCCAACAAACUUGAUUACCGAUUGGUUAAUCACUGGAGAUGGAAUUGGAAUCGAGUUAAAUAUUACUGAUUUUGUUGUAAAUGGCCACGCAGGAGAUUAUCUUCUUUUUAAGCCAGGUGGCGUUGAUGAAUCUGGCUCAACUGGUCUUAUAUUUUCGUACGCCCUACACAAAGAAAGAAGAUAUCGGUUCCUCGACGUUGACAGGAUGUUCGUUCGCUUCGAAACCAAACGUGGACCACAAGUUAUGCGUGGUUUUAGCUUUAGCGUUCGGAUGGUCGUCCCGAGACCUGGGGCACCUGAGCCGAUACCUGAACCGGAGCCAGUUUUACCCGAACCACCAGAAACUAUCAUCUUGAAUCUUGGUGGCGUGUCCCUAGAAGCAUUCCUUCACAUCGAAGAGCAGUUCCGUCAGAUCGUAGCGGAGAUGGCAGCAACGUACAUCACCAACAAUGGCAUUGAUCCUGGUGUCAACACAACAUUAGAACUGACACAAAUAAGAAGCAGAGCGCUAUGCUUCCACAACUGGCCAAAGUUCGAGCAAUGUGUUGAAGUGAGUUUCGGAGUGCCUCUCGUCUACGAGGAUGAUGACGAUGGAAGGGAGCCAAGACUAAAUGCGGCCGAUCUGACCAGCAUGUGGGAGACUUAUUCACAACUUGAGCCGUACGCGGAGAGGUUGAGAUCAUUGGGAAUCACGGAGUACCAAGUGCCAAAUGAUAGAGGUAUUCUGACAGUGUGGCUCGUGAUUGCUGGAGGUGUUGUCAUCUCUAUGACCAUGCUUGCCUUCGCGCUGUGGCGCUUCAGCUGCUUUGAAGACUACACUAGAAUGCCAGCAUUCAGCGAUACGGACAGCAUAAAAGAGAAGUGCAAUCUGGAUCUGUAUCCCACGCCGCACCAGACGCUCCCGCCACUCUACAGCGAUACUGAUUACAAGUGGGCCGACCAGAAAUAUGAUAACAGCACGAAAGUGGACGUCAGAGGCUACUCUAAUAAAAGCUACAUGCGUGAAGGCCCGUACGAUCUUGACUCAGACGACGACAUAGUUCCAGUAAGUGCCAGGUACACAACUGACGUGUAGCCGUAUCUCAUACUCUUAGUACAUAAUCGAAAUACCAGCUUCAGUCCGCGCGACAUUUACAGCGUCUAACAUGUUAUCUCUUAUAGGUUAGAUAUACUUAAUAUAAAUUGUAUAUGGAGGCUUUAGAAUAAGAUAUUAUUGUGAUUUUAAUCAUUCAGUAAGAAUGAAUUCUUGGAAGAAAUUUCUUUCCAUUUUUUUUUUUUUAAUAAUUUUAUAUUUUCUUAUUCUCGGAUAACCGAUUUAGGGAUUUUUUGACCAAAGUAAUGACUGAUUUGAUUUUGAUACCAUUAUUUCAAUUGUAUGUAGUAGAUGUUAUUAAGCUACCGCCACACCUGCGUGUCGUGAACGCGGAAUGUGGUAUGCGAUGCGGAAGCGUCCACGACGCAAAUCUAUACCUACGUGUGUCUACGACCACGCGACUGUUGUUGUCGCGUAGAUGACGUGCAUUUGCAUAAUACCAUUAAAUAUCGUGGGAGGUGACCACCACGCGGCUGAUGACGUUCCCGCUUCGCAGUCGGUUCGGUCGCGCAGGUUUGGAUAAGGCUUUACUUUAUAGAAGUUUUUUUUACUGUAAUUCUGUUGAAUAUAUAUUUAUAUAACUCACGCCUUACUACUAAUAUAGAAACAGACAAUUAUACUUUCUACUUAAAUUUAUAAAUAUAAGUAAAGUUGUGUAGGAAAUAUUAUAUUCCUACAAAUUAGUAUACCUACCUAUAAUAUUAUACAUAGAACCUCCGAAAUUAUUAUCUAGCAUGGUAAAAAUUGUCUUUGCAUAACGUUCGUUUACAUUAUUUUCCGUGAUCAGUUUUGAUCAAUCGCAUAUAACUUUGCAAAAACAAAUAUACUUAGUUCACUUUCUACAGUCUUCUAAAAUAAAACUAACUUUCGUAAAUCUUCCAUAAAUUCCAUUGAUAUCGGUUGGGUUUUGUAAAGUAUUCUUAAUAAGAUAAAUACUAUGCUAGGUUUGUGUAUAGUAAUAACUUUCAUACCAUAUUUUCUUUGCAAUGAGUUUGUGAUUGUUGUUGUCUUAAUUAGUAUAAUUAAAAAAACUACAUUUCGUAACUAAUUUGCUUGGAAAGGUCAUAAUGUAAUAUUAAUCAUGUUAAAGAUUUUAUUAUUAAGUACCCGUUGUUGUGAUUUUCAAUAAAUUUUAAGUACUUAUGUUACGUUAGUGAUAGUAAAUAUUUUAAAAUUCUUUCAAUUAUUGUAUUGGUACAAAUAAACAGUUUUUUAUAUA